GGUUAGAGGUAGGAAGAGGAAAGUGGAGGCGGCAAAGGGGGAGGAGUCGAUAGCGGCUGGAACCCGGGGAGUCCGUCCGUUGGAAGAAGAUGUCUUCCAGAAGACACAUUGGAGAUCCUGAGUUUCUGACCAAAAGGAUUCCACAGAACCCAAAGUAUCAGCAUGUCAAGACUAGACUUGACACUGCAGGCGAUUCAGAGUUAAACUCAAGAGAUUAUGAAUUCCAUGAUGUCACCUCCUGUCUUCAACAAAAUUAUCUACUCCCGAAAUCUUCAAAGACCUCAAUCUUCCUCCAGGGUAACAGUAUGACCAAAUACACUGAGAAACUAGAAGAGAUUAAAAAAAAUUACAGAUACAAAAAAGAUGAGCUGUUCAAAAGACUGAAAGUUACAACUUUUGCCCAGUUGGUCAUCCAAGUUGCUUCCUUGUCUGAUCAAACGCUAGAAGUGACAGCAGAAGAGAUUCAAAGGCUAGAAGAUCAUAAUUCUGCCCUCGACAUUCCUAAUGCUGAAGACAAGACCAAUGGGAAAGGCAGUCCCACCGAGAAGCCACCCAGCCCCAUCCAGUUCAUCAGCAAUGCAGGAGCUGGGGAGUCAAACCGGUCAACGCUGCAGAGCGUCAUCAGCGGCGUUGGAGAACUGGACCUAGACAAAGAGUCACUGAAGAAAACGGAGCCCAACUCUAAAGAUAAACCUUAUCCUGAUUGUCCCUUCCUGCUGCUAGAUGUCCGAGAUAGAGAUUCUUACAGUCAGUGCCAUAUUGUUGGAGCUUACAGUUACCCAAUCGCCACCUUGUCUAGAACCAUGAACCCUUAUUCAAAUGAUAUUCUUGAGUACAAAAAUGCCCACGGCAAGAUUAUCAUCCUCUAUGAUGAUGAUGAGAGGCUGGCCAGCCAGGCGGCCACCACCAUGUGCGAACGGGGCUUUGAGAACCUCUUCAUGCUCUCUGGAGGUCUGAAAGUCCUAGCCCAGAAAUUCCCUGAGGGACUGAUUACUGGGUCAUUGCCACUGAACUGCCAGCAAGCACCAACUCCUGGGUCUGCCCGGAAGCGAUCCAGCCCCAAAGCGCAGAUUCUGUAUGCCGAGAAUAAGUGGAGAUUUACUCCGGAAGAUUUAAAAAAGAUAGAAUAUUAUCUAGAAGAAGAGCAAGUUCCCCUGGAAACUUCUGGCCGACUGAGCCGUGGCAACUCCUCUUUGAGGGAUCUCAAGGUCACAGGUGGCAUUUCCUCCGGCAGGGAUGCCAAGGUCACAACUGUCCGAAGCAGUCAGAGCCUGCCUACUGGGAACACCGUCAGCAACCUGAACCCCCGCUCACUUAGCAGCAGCUACCUUCAGAGCAAACCCUGGAAGUAAAGACCUUGUCAAAUAAAUUAUUUCCCAUUUAUGGGAACCCUUAAGCACUUCCUAAGUUGGUAAUUUUCAGAAACUUCUUCAGAGGACAGUGACACGCAUAAUGGAGACCUCCUCGGGGCGGGGAUGACCCUCACAGAAAAGAGAGAGGCACGCCAGGCUCUAGGCUCUUCCCUGCUGUUUACAGAGUAUUGAAGUCACCAACUCAAAUAGGAAAAGAACUAUCUUUAGUGUCUUUUGUCUCUACUGUGUUCCAGUCUGUUCAUCUGUAUCCCCAUUUUCCCCUUGUAUUGUAAAUACUUCUUUCAUAGCCGCUGGUUGGUGUCUCCCAACUAUAUUCUCUUGUCAUUUACUGUUCUCGGUUUUAUGAAGGAAUCUUCAACCAUGCUUUUAAGGUGACUUCUUUAGGAGUUGUCCCAUGAGCUCCCAGUGAUUCUGAGAUUCCAUCCUGCCGGCCGUCUCCACACCAGAUGUUAACUCACAUCCCAGGGAUGCUGUGAAUCUGGGGGCUCGUGGCUAAGGGUGUUGAUCUGCCCAAAGGUUUGAGCACAUAGUGGAAUAACCUUUUAGAACUUCCUAAGACUUGUCUCUCACUACAUUUUAUUGGGGUGGGCAUCAGUUAUGGUGCUCACACAUCAUAGCACAGAGGGGUUGUUACUGCAUGAGAACCCAAAUGGUUUAUGGGGUUUCAGUGGCAGUCUCCUGCUAGGCUCAUCCAUGUUAGUGCAGUAGAAAAUAUGGCUACUUGAAGUCAUCACCAAUUUUUCCAACCCUGGAGCCUCUUGGCUGAGGAGGGGAGGGUGAUAUUUCUUUGUCAGAGGCCUCAGCUCCUGUUGGUCCUUGCUUGCAUCCUAUGUGCACCUGCAUCCUGCUUACUGCCCCAAAUAUACAGUAUUAGUUGAAUUGUGUGAUCUGUCCAAUUCCUUAUUUCUCAUUCCCAUCAUUGAGCUCUGACUAUGGAGUUAUGAGAGUAUUGAUUCUGGCUUAGGCUGGAAUUCUAAUUCAAUAUUAACUGAUUGCUAGUAGGCUGACUGAUCAGUUCUGUUUAGCCUCUGAAGAAGACUUUGGGUAAAGUUGAGGGAUUCCAAAAUGCUUAUGGCCUGUAUUCUAUAGUUUUGAUUAGAGAAAAGAUUGUUAUGGUGGUGUGAUUUUUCAAAAUCCAAAUGAAAAAUUUCUCUUCCUUUCCUUGCUUUGCCUUGACCCUCUGUUGUGUUUUUUCUCUUCUCAGUCAAGUUCCCCAGGGACACAAGCCUUGAGGGCAAAAGGAUCAAAUGAAGAGAUAGACAGUAUUUUCAGAGAGGCCUAGGAAAAAACAGCUUUUUUGAACUAGGGUCCGCUAAAAUGUAGCCUUUUGUUUUUCAUUUCUUAAAUGUAGCAUUUUCCUGGGUUUAGGAAUGAGACAAAUCCAAGACAUUGAAGGGGGCCAAGCCAUGCUUGAAAAAAUAUUCAAGAAUUGUCUUAGUAAAAUUCAGCCAAUAUUUUACUAUAACCUUGUUGCCUAAGACCCUCAGUCAGCCUUGCAGCUGAUGCCAAAAUGCUACAGUGUUUAUUUAUUCUUUAAGGCUUAGAUAGAAAGGGGCAUUUUUUUCCCCAGCCCUACAUACUCUUGAGAAAAUCAGCUUACCCCAAGCAUUUACAAGGUUUUUGGCCAUUUGACAUUUUUUAGGAUAAAAAAAAAAAAUCUUUUUUCCCCCUCACUACUCUUCCUUUGAGAAUGGCCAGUUAGGAGUUCUUUAUCUUCCUGCCCCCAUUUUGAAAGUCAAUCAAUGUACUCCCCCAACAGUUUUGCUCUUUGUUCCCAUUUGCCCUCAUGACCACAUGACACUAGAUUAUUGGAGACUUUAUUAUCCGUACAUAUUUUUAUAAUAGGCUAUUGAACUUUUUAGGUUUCCUGCAUGUUUUAAAUUUCAGAGAUCUCUACAGAGUUGAAUGUAUUUUAUAAAUAUUUUUGCAUAGGUGUGAUAGUCCUCUGGUCCUAUUGGUAGGGCUUUUAAAUUAAGUGGGCCUCAAAAGAUCUGUGCUGACCUUGCACCUUAAAUGUUACUGUCAGACAUUCUGGAUAAGUUUUCAUUUCAUGUUCCAACUAUUUUUAAUGUUUUCCCUUUAACAGUUUCCUCAUUAGCUUAUUGGUGUGUUGUGUUAUUGUUCAAUUGAUCAGUGAUACUCUGUGUGAUUAAGAUUGUUUGAAGAUUAAAGUACAAUGCACCAUAAUUAAUUUGUGGUUUGAUAGUGAUGUUCUGUAACAUACCAGCCUCCCUCAUCCAAUCUGAUAAGAUUUUUUUUGUGUGUGUGUGUGUGUGUGUGCUUAUUAGACUAAUGCAGUCUGAGCGAGUAACUCGUUUUGUUUAGUGCUUAGGCAGGAAUGCUCACUUUGAGAGGUGAGCCCAGAGUCGAUUCUAAUCUAGUGUGUUAAGGCCCCAUCCAUGAAGCUGAACGUGGUUCUUUAUCAUGUUUCUUUGUUGACUUACUCAGUGAGAGUAGCCUUAAGCUAAGUUAUAUCUGUAUUUUUUUUUUUUAGCCAAAAAAGUCAAACCUAACCAGCCACAAUCAGAGUAGGAGCAAGUCAGAAUUAAA